UUGCUAACAUCUGUCUGCAGGUGUGAAGCCGAGCAGCGGUUGGGCGAUUGACCCGUUUGGCCACUCCCCCUCCAUGGCCUACCUGCUGAAGGGGGCGGGGCUUAGCAACAUGGUCAUCCAGCGCGUUCACUACGCCGUCAAGAAGGAAUUCGCCCGGCAACAGACGCUGGAGUUCCGGUGGCGGCAGAGUUGGGACUCCUCCCCCCGCAGUGACAUCACGUGUCACAUGAUGCCAUUUUACAGCUACGACGUGCCGCACACCUGCGGUCCCGACCCGGCCGUCUGCUGUCAGUUUGACUUCCACCGGCUGCCCGGGGGGCGGGUCUUCUGCCCCUGGAGGAUCCCCCCGCAGCCAAUCACAGAGCAGAACGUCCAGGAGAGGGCCCUCCUGCUGUUGGACCAGUACCGCAGGAAAUCCCGCCUCUUCCGGUCUCCGGUGCUGUUCGUUCCUCUCGGAGACGACUUCCGCUUCGUGGAGUCGAGCGAGUGGGACGCUCAGUUCAGAAACUACCAGAAACUCUUCGACUUCUUCCAGACGCGCCCCGAGCUGCACGUCAAGGCUCGUUUCGGGACGCUCUCAGAUUACUUCGAGGCUCUGCAGCGCCGCCUGGUGGCGAGGGGGACGGCGCUGCCGACGGUCCGCGGCGACUUCUUCACGUACGCAGACCGGGACGAUCACUACUGGAGCGGAUACUUCACCUCCAGACCGUUCUACAAACGCCUGGACCGCACGCUGGAGGCCACGCUGCGAGCCACAGAGAUCCUCUUCACUCUCACGCUGGCUGAAAUGCGUCGUUUCCAUGGCGAUGGUCGUCUGGUCACAGGAUUCCCGGCGCGGGAUCACUUCCUGUGUCUGACGGAGGGGAGGCGGAGCUUAGCUCUGUUCCAGCAUCAUGACGCCGUCACGGGCACAGCCCGCGACCCCGUCGUCAUCGACUACGGCACCAGAUUGUUCGAGUCCAUCCUGAAGCUGCGGCAGGUUCUGCAGAGCUCCGCCCACUGGCUGCUCCUAUUGGACAAGAGCCAGUAUCACCACGACCAAUCAAAACCCUUCCUGCUCACGGACGAUGUGAUGUCGGCACAGGACGCGCUGCCGCAGAAAACCAAGCUAACGCUGAGCGACGAGCCCAGGACGUUGAUCGUCUUCAACCCGACGGAGCAGAUGCGAUCGUCGGUCGUUAGCUUCGUUGUCGAUUCUCCGGACGCUCGAGUAAUCAACGCAGAAUCUGGUCAACCAAUGGCUGCGCAGAUCUCUGCUGUGUGGACGGAGCCAAGCCGGGCGUCCGCAGAGAGCUUUCAGCUUGACUUCCUGUCUGAACUUCCUCCUCUGUCUCUGGUCGUGUAUCAUGUGACCCGAUCCUCUGCUGGCUCCGCACCCCGGGCUCGGUACACCUUGCAUCGCCGCGGCAACCCUCCUACCAUUCAGAGCGAGCAUUUCCAGAUGUCCCGCCCCGAUGGACCUGAGGCCAAUGCCCCCCUGUCGCUAAGCAACAAGCACAUCCAAAUAUGGAGCUCCCCGGAAACAGGCCUGCUGCAGAAGCUGCGUCUUCGUUCGGGUCUGGAGCGCCGGGUCCAGGUCCGCUUUCUGUGGUAUGGAACCAGAACUGGAGCCAACCGGGACAAGAGCGGAGCGUACCUGUUCCUGCCGGGGGAGGAGGGCGCCCAGGUGUACUCCUCCUCAGAACCUCCCCUGGUCCGGGUCUCCAGAGGACCGCUCUACUCUGACAUCACUUCAUGUCUCCCUCACGUGACCCACACAGUGCGGCUCUACCACCUGGACGGGCAUGCUGGGAGAUCCCUGGAGAUUUCCAACAUGGUGGACAUCAGGUCGCAGGUCAACCGCGAGCUCGUGAUGCAGCUCGUCUCCGACGUUGCCAGUGGCAACCGUUUCCACACCGACCUCAACAGUUUCCAGAUGCAGCAGCGUCGCACCCUCUCUAAACUCCCCCUGCAGGCCAACUUCUACCCCAUGACCUCAGCAGCAUUUCUGCAGGACAUCGAGACCCGCCUCACCCUGCUGUCGGCUCAGAGCCAGGGGGUGGCAUCCCUCAAACCAGGUGAGCUGGAGCUGGUGUUGGACCGGCGGCUGCAGCAAGACGAUAACCGUGGACUCGGUCAGGGAGUGACGGACAACAAGAGGACGGCCAGUCUCUACCAGCUGCUGCUGGAGGACCAGAGGGGGGGACAGGUGAAGGGGGCACAGGAAGUGGGCGGGGCCUCAAGUGAACACCUGUCUCUGCUCGCCCACCUGACCUCGCUCUCCCUCUCACACCCGCCAAUCACCAUGGUUGCCCCGGGCACCGUCCAGGUGCCGAAGCUCCGCCCCUUCCUGCCGCUGCGCUCCUCGCUGCCGUGCGACGUUCACCUGCUGAACCUGCGUACGCUGGAGGACCCGCAGGAAACAGGAAGUCCAUCACGGGAAGUGGCUCUGCUCCUCCACAGGAAGGGCUUUGACUGUAGCUCCGCCCCCGACCCUGCAUUGCAGUGCACGUGGAGUGCACAUGAGGAGGUGGAUCUGGACGUUCUGUUCGCUCCGCUCCGCUUCUCUUCGCUCCGCCGCUCCGGCCUCACUCUGCUGCGACAGGACGACGAGCCUAAAUCUGCCCAGCAACAUCAACCAGAGUCUGCCCGGCAACAGCAGCCACGCAUCACCAGCCUGCGACCAAUGGAAAUCAGUGCUUUCCGUGUGGAGAUCGAAUGAGAAAUGAGUAAAAAGUUAAAAAUCCACCCAAACUCCACGACAUAAAUACAGAUAAAUGUUCAAAAUCAAAAGAAUUGUGGAAUUAAAAUAACAAAAUGAUAUGCAGAAAAACAUUAUCAAUACAAAUAUAUAAAUGUAUCAGACUUUUAAUCUGGAAUUAAAAAGGGAAAAAUAUAAACAUUUACAAAGUAAAAAAAGGGAGGGCAGUUUGUUUUCUAUUUCAAAAUCCUUGAAAAAUUCACAUUUUUGCACCAUAAAUACACCUUCACCAGAAAACAGGUCAGUCUGGAGGUCAACGGAACAAUAUGUGAAAAACACUGAAGUCUACCGACAACACUAAAGGACGUGUGUGUGUGUGUGUGUGUGUGUGUGUGUGUGUGUGUGUGUGUGUGUGUGUGUGUGUGUGUGUGUGUGUGUGUGUGUGUGUGUGUGUGUGUGUGUGUGUGUGUGUGUGUGUGUGUGUGUGUGUGUGGGGACUUCCUGUAACUGCUGUUACUGAAUGUGAAGUUGUGUGUAAACUGUAUUUUAUUUUGUAAUUUUACUGAAUGUAAAUGACUACUUUAAAUAAUUGAUGCUUUUAUUUUGUAAUUUUCUGCUUUACUGUGAAAGCGACACUUGGGAAAGUAAUAAAUCUUCGGGUAAUUUUUUCAAUUUAGAAACUAUAUAUUUUCUUGGGUUUAUUAAUGAGAAAUUAAGUAUUUAAGAUUGUAUUCCUUCUUGUUUAUUUUGGGAUAGCUUCCUGGUUUUAUUUUGAAAUAAAUUAUUUUUAAUUGUU